AUGUACAUCUCUCCACCAUGGCGCCUGUUUCCGGAGAUGGGGUACUUUGGCAUAUCGCUAUUCUUCGCUGUACGCGGAAUCGUCACUGAUCUCCGUCAAGUGUCUGACCUGACGGAGAUCAAACAAGUCGAUCGGGAAGACAAGAUCAUCAGCGAGGGGACGGAGGAUGCUCUCAAGUUAGACACCCUAUUGAAGCUUUCCUCCAGCACAAGCCACGACCUACGAGCUGCAGCCCUCCGCAUCAUCGCCGAACGAUCAACGAAGGACGAGACGCGUGAGAUUCUACUAGACGACUUAUCAAGCAAGAAUAAAGCACGACAAGGCCGAGCGCUAACUGGCCUUCACUUUCUUGUCUCCAACCGAGCCUUGUCUCGAACCUCAGUUUGCGCGCGACUCCGUGACCUCCCUGCAUACACAGCGAUCAUCAACUGCCUCUGCAACUUUUUGGAGGAGCAUACUGAAGUAACAUACCCGACAACUUCCCCCGUUCUUGCCCGGACUCGCCCACUGGGCGAAAAGAAAGCGUUGCAAAUCCUCAACAUACUACUUCCCGAAAACGUCCCUGCAGCUUUAGAAGCCGGUCUUGUGACCCGAUGGCUCACCAAAUAUCCUUUUCCGUGUGUAUUGGACGAACCGUCACGGCGACGAGAUGUGGUGGUUCUAUUGAAAACAUGGUGGUCCGAUGACACGGUCAUGAGCUCCAUUGUCAACAAUGUGACUUCACACGCAGAAGGAAUCAAACAGCUACGCAAGCAUGGAUUGAUGGGUAGCAUGAUCGAAGAGGAGACGGAACAAGAUGAAGAUGGAGAUGGGGACGACGAGGAAGAGGACAGUGAUGUCUGGAUGGUUAACGGAGAGGAUACAGCUGGUUCUUACCGAGGAUCUUCUUCACGCAGACCCCAAGAAGGAAAUGCGGAUGAACAGGCGCUUCGCCGACGGCGAAGAGAAGCUAUGGUUUUAAGUGAAGGAGGACGGCCGCUUGGACGAGAUGAUAUUAUUCAGCGGCCUCUGUAG